GACUGAGGGCGGACUGCCCGGUGCAACAAACACAGCCGGGCAGCACAGAGGGGUGGAGUCCAGUCUCACAGCCAGGUGCGGCACUUUAAUGCUUCAGUUGGAUGGUUUUCCUACUGGAGACGGUGUUAAGGCUGAUCGAUCGGCUGGCAGACUGACUGGAUCCAUGAUGGAACUACAGACGUUACAGGAGGCUCUGAAGGUGGAGAUCCAGAUCCAUCAGAAACUGGUUGCCCAGAUGAAGCAGGACCCUCAGAACGCAGAUCUGAAGAAGCAGCUCCACGAACUUCAGGCAAAGAUCACAGCGCUCAGUGAGAAACAGAAAAAGGCGGUGGAGCAGUUGAGGAAGGAGCUGUUGGUGAAACAGGAGCCGGAGGCGAAGCUGCAGCUGCACGUCCAAACUCCUCCAGCAGGCGGCGACAUAAAGCCGACCAACCUGCUGCAGAGCCAGCAGAUACCUGGAGGACUGCAGCAGACCCUGACAGUCACGCCGGUCCUCACCACGAAGACUCUACCUCUGGUGCUGAAAGCUGCCGCCACGCCCGCCCUGCCCGGCUCUGUCCUGCCGCAACGCCCGCCUGCCGUCGCUAUGGUAACCACAGCUAUCCCCAAACCCGACUCGCAGAACGCCCCCAUCAACCUGCAGGUGGCCAACAAGCUGACCAAUCAGAGCUCGGAGCCCGUGCGACUGGUGUCCAAGAACGCCAUGGUGGUGCAGGCCACCACCACCGCCCAGCCAAUCAAAGUUCCUCAGUUUGUUCCUCCUCCUAGACUGACGCCUCGACCCACCUUUCAGCCACAGGUAAGGCCAAAACCGGCCACACCCACCAACAUCCCCAUCGCCCCGGCCCCUCCCCCGCCCAUGAUGGCGGCCCCCCAGCUGCUCCAGAGGCCCGUCAUGUUGGCCACCAAGCUUUCGUCUUCGCUGCCCUCGGCGGCCCCCAUUCACCAGGUCCGCAUCGUUAACGGACAGCCCUGCAGCAAGACCGGCUCCGCCCCGCUGACGGGCAUCGUCAUCACCACGCCGGUCUCUGCCACUACCCCCACCCGCCUCGCCAGCCCCGCCCAGGCACCAAACCCCAUCCCCACCCCGACUCCUGCCCAGCCCAUCCAGAUCAGCAGCCUGACCACUGAGCCCAAGACUGUUAAAUCAGGAGGUGGAACAGAGCAGAAGGCCGUCGUCAGCCUCCCCUCCUCCUCCACUCCUCCGUUAUCUCCUCCUCCCAGAUCCAAGAAGGAGGACAACCCAGAGAAACUGGCCUUCAUGGUGUCUUUGGGCCUCGUAACACACGACCACUUGGAAGAAAUUCAGAGCAAAAGACAGGAGAGGAAGAGGAGAACGACGGCCAACCCGGUGUACAGCGGCGCCGUGUUUGAACCCGAGAGGAAAAAGAGCGCAGUGAGUUACCUGAACAGCCCUCUGCACCAGGGGACCAGGAAGAGAGCCAACGAAGACUCCCUUUCCAAGGUAUGUCAUACAGACUGUUUGUUUUUGUUUUCUUCCCCCCUCUCCAUCUUUCUUUUUUUCUUUGUUUUCCGUCUUUGUUGUCUGUCUCAUUACCCAGGUCGCCCACCCAAAUACAGCAGCGUCCCGGAGCUGGGCAGCCUCACCCCGACCUCCCCCUCCAGCCCCGUCCAUCCCCUCCCCCUGCCCAGCCCCAGCUCUGGGGAUGGAGACAUCCAUGAGGAUUUCUGCACUGUGUGCAGACGCAGUGGCCAGUUGCUCAUGUGCGACACGUGUUCUCGUGUUUAUCACCUCGACUGCCUGGAUCCACCCCUGAAAACCAUUCCUAAAGGCAUGUGGAUCUGUCCAAAAUGUCAAGAUCAGAUCCUGAAAAAAGAAGAAGCCAUUCCCUGGCCCGGUACUCUGGCUAUUGUUCAUUCCUACAUCGCUUACAAAGAAGCUAAAGAAGAGGAGAAACAGAAGCUGAUGAAGUGGAGUUCUGAACUGAAAGUGGAGCGAGAGCAGCUGGAACAGAGAGUCAAACAGCUCAGCAACUCCAUAACGAAAUGCAUGGAGACCAAAAACACCAUCCUGGCUCGUCAGAAAGAGAUGCAGCUUUCCCUGGAAAAAGUCAAACACCUGAUUCGCCUCAUCCAAGCCUUCAAUUUCAACCAAGCUCUGGCAGAGACAGAGGGUAAGGACGUCAGUGCCAGAGUCCAGGACAGUGCUGAAGUUGCAGUCGGCUCUGAAGCCACGCCAGAAGCUAACUCUGUAGAGAGCGUGAAGGCUGGGAGCUCCUCAGCCAGCAGCAACACCGAUGGAAACAACAAACCAGAGGAGCACGGAGCCGCAGGGAACAACCAGACAACAGGAGCAGCAGGAGGAGACACCGACAGCCAGCCUGUCCCUGAAGGCAGCGCUGUCCUUACAGCAGAUAACAGCCCCAGUGUAGGGGCAGGCGGUAAGGCGGAGCCUGUUGACGGGGCAGUGGUGGGGGGAGGGGGUGACACAGGGACUGGUGUCCAGGCGGAGGCUGUGGCCAAGCCUGAGACUGAGGCAGCUCCAGUGGUUGACAUUCCCACUUCCUCAGUGGUCGCGACUGUUGCCACCACCAAUGGUACGGCCGAACCGGCCUGCCCUGAUCACAGCCCCGCAGGAGGCUGCGCCACCAACGCCACCACCAACUCUGAGAACAAGAUGGCUGCCGUCAAUCCUCCAGAGACAGCAGUGGAGAAGAAACAGGAGGAGAUCUCUAACAGUGACGGCAGCAACAACAACAACAACAACAGCAAAACCUCAGAACCCUCCCAGCAUUCUUUGCCAGCUCUUGUCAGCAGUUUGGACAAUAAAAAGUAAUGCUUUGUCUCUUGAGUUGCGGGAAUUCAAACAUAUAUAUUAAAAAAAAGACUUUUGCUUGCACCGUACGGUGCCCUGAAGUUGCCAAUCUGUAUAAAUGUUGUUUGUUUGCAUUGUAUUGUCAGACUGUGUCAAUGGUAGAUAUACAGCCCAAGUCACAUGACUCUGGGAAGACGUAGGCCGUUCCACCCACAGAGCUGGGGUAUAGGAAGGCUUACGAACCAGUGUCAUCAUGCCAAUUAGUGAUAGACGUCAGUGGUGGGAAUGCUCGAAGGGAGAUUAAUCCAUCAUCACACCAGUGUGUGCCUGUUAUAGUGGCCCCUGUGUUCUCUUGUGGGGUGGGGAGAUGGGUUCGCAUGGGUGUGGAGAAAAUCGAGAACCAAACAUCUGUCAGGAGUUACUGGUCUAAGAAGCAGUGUUGUGAUAGAGUAAUGAAAAGAGAACCUGUUCAUCCCCUUGUCCCAAUGAACUUAAUGUGAACAACCUUUAACUUCUUCAAUCCCACGACCCUGAUCUCUUCCUUUGAACCCUAAACCUUACCCAGUGUUUCUAACCCUUAACCCCGAUCCUUCCGAUCUUAACUUCCCCCAUUAACCAACAACUUCGACCAUCUUCAGACAACAAAAACCUAUAAUCUUUCCUAUCCUUCCCCAGUCCAACAAUCUAAUGUGGCAUCCCAAAGGUUCAGAUGCUGUUAGACGAUCCAACAAAGACUUUGUUUGAAGAGUACCCUUAAACAAACGACCCUAACUUCUCCAUCAACCUAUAACUCAGUCGUCUUUAGUCCCAUACUCAAAUUUACCUUCCCCAGUCCACCAACAAUCUAACGCAACCUUCUUCUUAAACCCAAAACGGCUCAGUUUGCAUCAACUAACUCUUACAAAGUGCCGUCCGAAUUCCCGCUCUAGAUGGCGAGGGGAGAUGCCUGCUGUUGUAGCAAGGGGCUAGAUGCCAUUAAUCCUAUAAAUGGGGAUAAUGGAGUCCACUUUUGGACAUUCAUUGUGUUGUACUUGGUUCAUCCCAAUUUCCCCACCUCAUUGGAUUGUCUAUUUAGGAAAGUAACAAUUGCAACGUCAGAGAGGUCUUGGGGGCUGAGGUUUCAGACAAGCACUUCAUUUGAAGCCUUCUGGUACAUUUACACCAGCGUCCCGAACUUUCCCAUUAACCAGUGACUGUCUUUAGACAACAGAAAACACAACGUCUUAAUAACAAAUAGCAGUAACCUUCCCCUUGUGACGAAAUGUACCUUUAGCAGUCCACCAACAAUCUUAAGUAUUCUUCCUUCUCAACCCAAAAGGGAUCAGUAUGCUUCAAACCUAGUUUUUUCAUAUGCAGCCCCCGAUCAGUUCAGAAGUCGGGAAAGGUGUGGGGCACAAUCUUCAUUUGAGGCAUCCCUACCUUCCAUAUCAGCCUACAACUUAAACCGUGUUCAUUCGAACAGAAAAAACAUCAACGAAACAGCCUUCCCCUAGUGACUAAAACCCAAUCUUACCUUCCCCAGUCCGCCAACGAUCUAUCGUACUCUCCCUCUUCAACCUUUAAUCAGAUGCUGUUAAACGAUCCAACAAGUACUUGAGGUUUACUGAUUCCUUUCAACCAACGUCCCUAACAUCCAAUUUGCUUAACUGUAUUCAUUCAACAAAAAUCAGCCUUCCCCCAAUAACUAAAACCCAAACUUACCUUCCCCAGUCCAUCCUCCUUCUUCUGGAACCACAACGGAGACUCCACCCUGUCCCAGUUGACCAAUAACCAAACGUCCCCAUCAACCAACAAUCCCAGUUAACUCCCCCUCCCCCCAUCUCUUUCCCCACUCGUAUCCCUGAGCUCAGGCAGAAAGGAUGCUGAGCGUCGUGUUCAGCAGGUACGGAGGACGAAGCGAACAGGCGCGGUAGCCUAACAGAUGUUUUCAGUGGUGUCGGUCAAGUGUAGUGAUUGAGUUUUCAUUCGUGAGUCAAGUGUGUCAACUGUGAGCACUAAAUGUGAAAUUGCAAUAUUGCAAUGUCAACACACACAAACUAUAUCUGGGCUGUGUUUCUUUUUUAUAGGAAAAGAUAUUCAGGUCUUCCUAGUCUUCAGAAUAAGUGCUUUCUGUUCCUGAACCUGCUGGACUGGCAUUAUCAACACAAAAAGGAAUCCUCUUUUUGAAGUGGUGAUCUUUGCAUUAUGUACAUUUCUGUUGAAUCCUGAACUGCCAAAAUGAUGUUGUAUCCAAAUUCAGCAGGGACAAGUCCACUUACUGUAUUGAAAGAUCAAAUCAUUGGCGUUGUAAGAUAUAGAUGCUACCAUUUCAGAAAUUGGAAAUCCCCAGAUUGAGACAGGAGAGCUUAUUAAACAAUAACAUUAAAGGAACUUUUUUUUCCUUGAAAUGGAGGGAUUUGUUGUAUGAACCUGCUCCUUCAGACGGAUCUCAAAGGACAAUACCACAAAUCCUGAGAUUAAAGCACAAGCUUGCUGCAUUACAAAGAAGUGCUGAAGAGCUUUUUGUAUGUUAAUAUGGAAUUAAACAGAGUAUGCAUCUCUUUGUUGUGAUGUGACUUAUCCCCACAUUGCCAAUAUUUUUCUAGGAGGAAAUACAAACCUCUGUCUGACAUUAAGGCUCAAGUCUAGUUCAUAUUUUUGGGGGGGAAUUGCUGGGCUUCUGUCUCAGAAACCCCUUCAUCCCCUCACAGUUAGACUAGUGCAUCUCUUUUCUUUCUGGAGCAUGUCUGGGCUGAAAUGUGAUGCUGUUAUUCGUUGGCUUGGUGGCUGUCAGUUCGGGUCUGUCUUUGUCUGGUGAACUGAUCAUGACUUCUGGCUUCUUGUUGGGUACGGGGCAUUAACAAACUCUGGUCUGUUCAUUAACAGUGCCUCUGGUUGUGCUGGAAUCAUUAUUUAUGUCUUUCUUUUUGCAAUAUUGGAGCGUUUUUGCUGAAAUUGUAGUCGUCUGAAAACGUAUUCACCCCCGAGUAGCGUUGAAAGUUCUGUUAUUGGUGUUCAACUCUUCAACCUGGAUGUUUUAUGUGGAAGAUUAUCUCAAAAUGCUUUAAUUUGUCUUACUGCUUUUAUUUAUGAGGGAUUUGUAACCAUGCUAGUGGCAACGUCCGUCUGUCAGUUGGUCUUGACAACUAUAGAGUGCAGCAGGGACAACGUCUCUAAUAGGAUUUUUCCAUUUGAUUAUGGAUUAUUGGGGUAUUAACUUCUGUAUUUUAUGUCUGAGAACAAUCUCUUAAUCUUCUGUUAACUACCGACUUUAUUUCAGACAUCUACUAAAAACCCAUCAACUUCCAGGUGAAGGAACCAGGAGGAGCUAAAUGCUAACUCAUUUUUGGGUUAGGACUAAUUCCUGCAGCACGCAGUUGGAGAAGUGACAUGAAAGUUUGCACAGACGGAUGAAUCCUACUUUUUAUCCAGCGCCACCACAAAGUUCACAACUUUGGCUUUUAGUGACAUAUCUCAACAACUAUUGGAUCAAAUUUCAUACAGAUAUCGGUAGUGCCAAGAGCAUAAAUCCUAAUGAUGUUCCUUUUAUCCUCUAGCGCCACCAUCAGGCCGACUUUUUAAUGUGUCCAAUACUUAGGUUUAAUACCUGCAGAACUAAUAACAUUCCCAUCCGUCUCAGCUGCACUUCACUUUUAAUUCUAAUUAGCAAAUGUUAAUAUGCUAAACUAAGAAGGUGAACAAUGGUAACCAUUAGCAUGUUAGCAUUGUAACUAACCCUUUUUAAGUCCCGCCCCUUCUAUAAAAACUCUGUCAGCUUUUUCCUUUCCUUUUUUCCCAGGGUGGCGGAGUCAUGACCCGCCCUAGCUUGCAUCUGAUUGGCUUGUACUUGUUGCCCUCGUUGGAUGGAGUGGUUAGGUUUAGGCAUGAGGAGUGGGGUAAGGAUAUCAGUGUAAGCCAGUCAGAGGUAGAGUAGGGCGGGUCAUGACUUCGCCAUCCUGGGAAAAAAAAAAUUGCUUCCUGUACUUAGCUAUGCUACAUGCUAGGCUAAUGUAUGUUGAAAAGUCAACCACAUUCUGAAGAUAAUUACAAAAUAAAAGAGACAAAUAUUCCUAUCAUCAAGUGUUAGCUAGCCUUUGCUAACAUUAGCUAACUUGAGAUCCGAGAUUCCGUCCCGGAAGUUGCGACAUUCAACCAAUCCCAGUGAAUUCUGUGCAACCUUACAAUUUUGUCCAAUCACUGCAACUUUUUUACAAAUUUUAGCAAUCUUUGUAGUUUGAAGGUGAUCUGUCUCUUUCACGGUGAACCAUACGUCACCAAAACUCACUUCCUCCUCCUAGUUGUGAAAAUGCAGCCGUGUGACGCCAACGUCUCACAUUUACCCUCCAAACUCAGAUUUUUAUUCUCACUGAAGAAGUUUUCUGUUUCUCACGCAAUUUUAUUCACAAUUGUGUUUUUUAGAAAAGCUGCUGUGAAAUCAGGAAUUUAAGGUCGCAACCAAUCCUGGAGGGACUGUCGUACACAGAACAAAAAGGGGCGGGGCUUAGGAAGGGUCAGUUGUGAGGAUGUUAGCAUGUUGAUGUUAGCAUUUAGCUGAGCUGAACAGAGCUGCUAGCAUGGCUGUAGACUCUCUGGGGCAGGGUGAAAUUUGUGCCUGUUUUUAUUGACACAGUUCUGCACAGACGUCCAAUAAUAGCAAAUUAUACGUGCACGCGGUUGCGGGGGUGAACACGUUGUUGGGCGACUAUACAAUGUGCUGUUACAGCUGUCUUUUUUUCAUAUCAUACGGACUCUUGUAACUGAAUCAACAUAUCUGACACAACACCUUAUUUUCUGACAUCAGCUGUACAAACUGCCUUCAUUCAGAAGACCCCAGAAAAGAGAAAAUCUCUGUAACAUUUCCACAUGUUUGGCCACAGUGUUGUCUGAUAAAUGUAAUGUGUCUCUUACGAAGAGUUUAGCCAUUCGAACAUGGAAGGAAAAGACUGCAAUUCUGAGAAAAUGGCAACUAAUAUGUCCCCAAUUCCUUAUGAAUUCCAUUCGUUGUGUGUUUUCUUUGUCGGCUUUCUCGGGUGGACGUUCUCCCUCAUUAGUCGUCAUCACUCCACCAGGUUUUCUUUAGACGAGCCCGAACUUGUGUUCCAGACAAACUGGACCUUUCCCUCUGUACAGUAGGUACCUAGAGUGCCUUUCUUCAAACAGCAGAUAAUAUUUGUCUCUUGACUUGCACUGUGACUUGUAGAACCUUACUAACCCUCCGGAUAAAUCCUCCCACCCCGACCCGCCUCCCCCUCCGAGAGCUCCCCCCCCCGAACCUCCGGAGCACAAACCCGGUCCCUUCACCUCAGGCUGCCAGUAGUCAAUGCAAGUUACCAACUACGUUCAUAUUCUCACACAGCCGUUUAGAGUGACCAGAUAGUGUUUUGUUGUUGUUUAUUAUAGGAGUUGCCUUAAAUGUGUUUUAUUUUCCUUUAUUAAACUUUUACAUUAUUAAAAAAAAAAAAAUCGCUGCAGACGCUGGCGAAGCUCAGAGGUCGAUUGGCGAGCUCCAAAGAGAGGAUUGUUAGUGAUGAGAUCUCGCUCGGUGUGGCAGCCAGCUGUUUGACGCACUUUUGGUUCGACCAGUAUUAUUAUCAGAGUGUAAAGAACGGGGCGGUCCGGUUCCCGUGUAGUCGGCUCCUCGGUCAGGACUCGGGAGCUGUUUUUGUUUUCAUCGUUCCCACCGUGCUGUGGUUCUUCUUCUUCUUCUUGUGUUUUCGGAGGAGUUUGUUAUAAUCAGGUCACGCAAAGCCGGAGCCUGUGUGCAUUUGGAACGAACAAACUUUAGACCCAAUUAGCAACAUCUGUCCACUCUGGUGGAACGCAUGCCUUCUUAUGCAAAUUUUUAUACAAGAUUUGUCAAACCUUUUUAAUAUGCAUUUUAUUUUAUUUACUUUUGUUCUUUUUUUAAAAACUCAAGUCACCUUUUUUUCUUUUGGCAUCCUGAUGCCAGUUGUGUGCAGUUCAGUGCGGUAGCCAUCCACGGUAGAAUGUAUGGAAGCUCAUUUCUGCCAAUAUGAAAGGAAAAAAGAUCUUUCUCAUUGCAAUGAGAAACUUUAUCAACUUAUUGACUUAGUAAAAUAAUGACUUUGUGAUACUAAGUCAGAAUAUUGUAAAACUAUCCUGUUCAUUUGAGAGAGUUUCUCAUUAUAAUGACUUUCAGAAUCUUUUUUUUCCUCACUUUGGCUGAAAUGAGCUUCCAUAAAAACGGAGACAUUUCUUCCUGCAAGCAGAGUUUUAACAGAUGGAGCAGCGAAAUGCUCCUUAGUUUAGAUUUUAAUUUGGCUAAUGCACCAUGCUGAAUGUCGGGAGGGGGUUCGUGUCUAAAUUGUGUCAUUGUAUUAUAGAGAAAAGAAGUCCUCGGUUUCUAUUUAGUCGAGCUCUAAAAGUGAAUUUAUCCAAAGAACUCUACAUUUCUGUUUGGAAGCCUUUAAUGUUGCAUAUCAUUUGGAAAUUAAUUUCUGCGUCAGCAUCGUGUGCAAGCUGAGAGGACCGUGUUUGUAUUAGAGGAAGUCUUAUAUGCAUUGAAACGUUCGCCUCCAGCUCCCCCGUGUGGUAAAGUUUUCAGCUUUUUACUUUAAAAAAACAAACAAAAAACGAUCAAGUCAUGAUUGUGGCCUUCUAGUAUUCUGUCGAUAACAUGACAUCACCCCGUCGUUACGGCUCGCCAUCCAUCCUGUCCGGACCCAACUGUACACCUGAAGCUUCUUACCUCAUCCACAGCUAAUUCCAUUGGGGGUGUGUUGAGUGCAAAAAAAAAAAGAAUAAAAAAUAAAAGAAGUCUUUUUUUAUCUUCCAUUUGGUGAGAUGCAUUGUAGCGAUAUGAAUAAAGAAAAAGUUCACCUGGUGUGCUGAAUAAUGUGUAAAUUGGUAAUUACACAAUCUGAAUAUUUGUAUAAUUGUUUGUAUUUUUUCAUAAUGAUUUUGGAAAGGAAUGUGUUUAUUUUUUUGACUUCUGUUCCAGAUGUGUCUUCUGUUGGCCUGACAUUGUGACUGGUCUGGUGGGAUUCUUACCUCUGUAUUGAGCCUCUUCUGUGAUGAAUUCUUUGUAUGCAGUGUUUAGGAAAUACUGUAGGGAACAUGGGGAGGAGUUGAUAUUAGGAGCAUUUGAUCAAUUUGUAUUUAUUUAUUUUAUCAUUUUGUUAAUAAAUUGUGAAAAGCA